UCCUGGCCUCUGGCUGGGAGUGCUCUUACCUCUUUGGACGGCGCACCCAAAGUUGUGUGGGGGUGACUCUAUCGGGGUCGUGGGAAGUGCUUGGCUCCCAUGAAUUCCAAGCCCCCUGACCAGUGAAGGGGGGUAGUGGACAGUAGUUUCUCAGCAGCCAUGGCAUCUCUGGGCACGGACAUGGUCCCCUUCCAGGACAUCCUAUGCCAGGUGAGGAGGUGCGUGGAGGAGGCAUCCCUGGAGGAGGUGCAGAGCCUCUUGGAGGAGCUGAUGGAAGUGCAGGUGCUUUCCAGGGAUUACUAUCUGUCACUAGUCCAGGAGAGUGACUCUGAGGACCUGGUACGCAGGAUAUCUCUGCCCGUCUGGCAGAACUGGGACGUGUGCCGUGCCAGCAUCCAGCCGCUUCUCCAUCGGCCUCCGCCAUGUGGAGCCUCGCAAAGUCCGAGCACUGAUGGGUCAAAGAUGCGAGAAAUGGCUUUUGAAUACCUUCCGGAAUAUAUGGAUGACCCAUUACAUGAAGAGGACCUAAGUGCUAUUUUUCCUCAAGACCUGGAAUGCUUCUCCCCCAUUCCCUGUGAUGAUUCUUUUGACAUUGACAACAUAAUACAGUCUCUGUUUGAAGGUCAAGAAGGAUAUUCCAGUGAUGCUGCUACGAUACCAACUUCUCCAGCCAAGUCGGAGCCAGUUGAGCAGGAAACAAACAGCAAUUCCAGUAUUCUGAAGAGAGGCCUACCUGCCUACUUGACAUCUGGACAUCCAAAGAAAGCAAAACGCCAGAGGAGAGUUCCUCCUGGCCCCAGGACAUCUAAGAGCAGAGCUAGGAAGCACAGGCCCCAAAAGAACUGUGAGAGCAAAAGUCCUGUUUCACCAGAGGAGGUUGUGACCACAGCUUCCCCAGGGAUGGUGCGGUUAAGCCCCUGCACUGUCCCACAGUUCCUGCAGGUGCCAGUCUUCAUGCCAGCUCCUCCUGGUGGGCCCUCUUUCCAAGUGACCUUUACGACUGGCCCUCCGCAGAUGGUCAACAUCCCUGUGGCCAACACCCUGGGCCCUGGAGGUCCCACCUAUGUUCUGGUGCCAUCGCCUGCGGUUGCACCCAGCCCCCAGUUCAUGCCUCAAUCUCCCGUGGCCGGGACGGUAGUUCCCCCCGAUCUUGCAGUCUCCACGCCACUGAGUUCCUCUUCGGACAGUGCAAACAAAGUAUUGUCUCUGGCUUCUGUCUCCGCCCAGUCUCCUGUGAAAGAGGUACCAUCAUGUAAAGGGUCAAAAUCCCCAACCUCGAAAGUGCUACCCGACCCAGAAAUACCAAAAUGUGUUGAGCAGUACAUAAAAACGGGCAAGUCGCUCAUGAGGAAGAUGUGCAGCAGUGUGACCACUGAGACCAGUGUGCCUUUUGAGUCCCGGUAUGUGGACGUGAGCCCAGCCAAGCGACAGCUGCAGGUAAACAUAAGGCGGAGCGCCAAACGGUGCCUGGAGAAGGAGCUGGUAGUCCUUGGUGAUGGCGACCGGAAGCGGGCCACGGUGGAGAGAGGGCGGGUCUUUGAGGAGGGGCCGGGGCAAAGGUGCGGCGGGGCCUCGAUCGCCCUGCUGGGGAAGAGCGGGGCAGGGAAGACAGCCUUCAUCCGCAGGCUGUGCCUGGACUGGGCCCAUGGCGGCCUCCCGCGGUUCGACUUCCUCUUCCUAUUGGAGGGACGGGCCCUGAAUGUCCUGCAGGGUGGGUUCAGCCUAAGGAACCUCCUUUUCAACAUUUCAGCCAACCCCAAGCUUAGCGAAGACUCUGAUGUGGACUCCAACGUGGAUGCCAUCUUCAGGCACAUCCUGGGCCACCCCCAGAAGGUCCUCAUCAUGCUCGACGGUUUCGAUGACUUCGGUGACUGCGAUGGCCUCCUGCAGUCCCCGGCCACCAGCGUCUUCAGGGACGACUACAGCGCCAAGCAACUCUUCUCCGGACUGUUCCUGAAGAAGAUCCUGGCUGGAUGUACACUGCUGGUGGCAGCUCGACCCAAGGAGGUCCUGAACCAGCUCCUUGGGAAGGUGGACCGGAUCUUCGACCUACCCGGCUUCUCACCCGCAGAGGUCGAACUCUAUGCAUCCCGCUACUUUGAGGGGUCCCCUUGCCAUGACCGGGCCCUAAAAAGACUGCAGGAAGGCGGCUAUGCUCUCAGGCUAUGUGCAAACCCCUUCCUCUGUGAGUCUGUGUGCUUCCUCCUGGACAGGCAGGAUGGGAAGAAACCACUGCCGUCCACACUCACAGGACUGUUCGAGGCGGUGACUUACCACCGGUUGUGCACGAUUGGCCGAGAGCAAGAGAAAGAGGGGCUGGAGUCAUGGCGGGCGAACGUUUCGAAGCUCUGCCGCGUGGCUUGGGGGGGCAUGAAAUCCUACACUUCCCAGCUGCCACUGCAGAACGAGCUGAGCCCUGCGGAGCAGCAUGCGCUGGCAGGUGCCGGCGGGAUUCUCACUCCUUACGCUCGGUGGCACGGCAAGGAGGAGCCCAUAGGACGUGGCUACGGGUUCGACCACAUGCUCUCCCAGAGCUUUUUGGCUGCCCUGCACCUGGCCCUGUCCCAGGACAUGAGCAGCAGGGCCAUGGUGACACAAAUGGGGGGGCAGCCACGGAAGAGGAAGCUGCCAGCUGACUGGACAGACACCAUGCACCGGCUCACCAUGGCCCUGCUCUUCCAGAAGAGGGCUCUCUUUCGGGGUUGCUUCCUGGGCGCUGAGGGCCGGGCCGGAGGCAGGAAUGUGGCAGCUAAGCGUGCCGCGGUGACAGCCCGCCUGAAGGGCCUGAGUACGUCGGAGCUGAGUCCUGCCAAGCUCCUGGAGCUGUGCCACUGCGUCUUCGAGACGGGCGACACCAAACUCACCAGCUGCCUGAACAAGAGUCUGCCCUGCCAGCUAUCCUUCAGUGGAGCCCGGCUGGACCCUCCUGACGUCUUUAUCCUGCACCGGCUCCUCAUCCUCAGUACCAAGAGGAGCAUCUCCCUAAACCUGCAGGAGACCGGCAUCAACGUCUCCGGCCUCAGAGAGCUGCUGGGACUUAAGUGCGUCUCCUCCUUCAGAGCUUCUAUAGGGGAUGUGAUUACCCUGUGGGGAGAUCUGAAGAAGACAAAUGCAGAGGCUCUCCUGAGAGACACAGUUUCAAAGUUUACUAUCAACCCCUUCAAAGCUACUCGCCUGUCUCACAUUGAUGACCUCGCUCUCCUCAUCCAGAUUCACAGAGAGAAAAAACUGCCUUUCUGUGACUCCAGCCAAUCAGAGCCCAUACCAGACAAUGAUUCCUUCAGCGUCCCAGCUGUGCAGAACCUCCGAAGGCUGGACUUUGAUCUGGGUGCACAAAAUGGACCCAUGGGAUUCUUGAAACUGGUAAAGAUCCUUCCAGACCUGCAGUGGCUUCAGCACCUUGACCUGGAGGACAAUAAGAUCGCUGACAGCGGGGCGGAGAUUCUGGCUGCUGUGCUGCCUGCACUCUCAUCUCUGGAAAUGCUAAAUCUAUCGCAGAACUGCAUUGGCGAUGCGGGUGUGGCCAAGCUGGCUCCAGCUCUCCCCUCCCUCCCUGCUCUCCUCUGCCUCAGCUUGUACAGCAACCUCAUUGGCGAUUGUGGAGCCGAAAACCUGGCCACAGUCCUGCCUCAGAUGAAGUCACUGACAGACCUUGAUAUAAAGUAUAACAAGUUCAGCAACUCGGGAGCCAUGAAGCUGAGUGAGAGUAUGAGGAGCUGCCCAUUGAUGAAGAGCAUAGGAAUGUGGAACCAUUUUAUUCCCCAUGGUGUUCUUGAGCGUCUGAAUCAACAGGACUCAAGGAUAAGAAUGCUGUAGAACCCAAAGGGCUACCCUUGCAAGGGAUGUGAAUUCACAAAUUUGGCAGAAGACUGGUUCCUACAAGGACUAUCUAUGAAUGUAUCAAGGUUUUUGGAGUAACCCUCUUGCAAUGCAGAGGAGCCUUACCAAGCAGAGGAGCCUCUCGUGAUGAAAGAUCUCUGGUGUGAACUGGUCUCAGUUCAGUUACUCUAUAGUUCAUAGCCACUCUAUACUGAUGCAUUUAUUGCCAUGGUUUUCAGGAGAACCUUGUACUUAAGGUUGCCAGAUGCCCGGUUUUGGACUGGAAUGUUUGGUUUUCAAAUUAGGUCCAGCUUCUGGUCCUCCAUCCAUCCAUCCAUUAUCUGAACCCGCUUAUCCUGAACAGGGUCGCAGGGGGGCUGGAGCCUAUCCCAGCAUACAUUGGGUGAAAGGCAGGAAUACACCCUGGACAGGUCGCCAGGCCAUCGCAGGGCGCACACACACACCAUUCACUCACACACUCAUACACUCAUACCUAUGGGCAAUUUAGACUCUCCAAUCAGCCUAACCUGCAUGUCUUUGGACUGUGGGAGGAAACCGGAGUACCCGGAGGAAACCCACGCAGACACGGGGAGAACAUGCAAACUCUGCACAGAGAGGCCCCGGCCGACGGGGAUUCGAACCCAGGACCUCCUUGCUGUGAGGCGGCAGUGCUACCUACUGCACCAUCCAUGCCGCCGCUUCUGGUCCUGACUGGACAAUAUAAAUCUGAACAAUUGGAACAAGCGCUUUAUAAUUGAGCUCUAUUUUGUUAUGAACUUUGGUCUGCACUGUUCAGUUCCAACAGUUCCCCUCCUUCCCCAGAGAUUGGUUCUGAAUGUGUGUGUGUGCAUGUGGAGCUGUUAAUAUUCUUGAUUUUAACUUAUUUCUUCUGUGCUAUUAUUUCACUUCCACCCGUCUCUGGAAUGACACUAUGACAAUAAUUUGGAAAGCACCUUUAUUGCACUCUGAACUAGUCUACAAAGUACCAUAUGAUCAGAUUCAAUUAAAAAAUUAAAAGUUUUCUUCUCACAAGUGCUAAACUAUUAUUUAACUACGGUAAACAUGUUCUCUCUUAAGCCACACAACUUUUUUUCCUUAGCGAAUGCUGCUCUGAGUGGAUUGUUGUAAAUAUUUUUGCUCUGUUGUAUAACAGCAUCAAAUAUUGUAUGUUGAUAUGUCUUCAUUUUGUAUUUGUUUCCAGGUGAAGGAAACUCGUACCAGGUGUGCACAUAAACUGAAAUUUAUGUUUUUUACUGAAAUGUGUUUGCAUAGCAGCAGAAGCCCACUACAGUACCAUUAUAUUUAGGUUUUGGUAAAUUAAAAAGCAGCACUGUCCUAAAGUUGUUACUUACCUAUAAACUGUGCAAACUUUUCAGGGACAAUUACUCACAGUGCUUCACAAAGAUUUCUACUGAAAUUGAUGAUAUAUCCAAUACAAAACAAUCAUACUGGUAACUGCCUUGCAGCUUUGAGUUCUAAGCUAACUACAGUUGGUCUCCAAUAUGGCAUGGCAGCAAACAAACCGAAACCAACAGCUUCAAAUUUCACAGCUACUUCAUGUACAAGUGAAAUACUGAUUUACAGGCUGUACUGCAUGGUGCCAGCAUGGUCAUAUCCCCCCAAGGUGUGAGUGUGUCAAAAUGUUGAGAGUUGGUGGGAGUAAAUGUGUAUUUGGUUGAGAGUUGGUGGGAGUAUUUGGAAAGUACUGCUAUGCACUGUUCUUCACUUUGUACCUGAUUUCUUCUAUUACUGUCAGCAGUCAAGGUUUUUUUUAUCUGUGUGUACCAUACUGUAUGCGUGUAUACGCCCAAGCCUCAUUUCAGGCUUGUUAUCAGCACAGCUCUCUUUGUUUCUGUGAAAUACACCUCAACUUGGUUAUUACAUA